AUGGAAAUUUUUUCGUUUGUGGACGAUGUCAAACGUAUGGACAAACGACAAGCAAUAUAUCAAGUGUUGAAUUUCGGUAUGAUUAUUUCAACUGCACUUAUGAUAUGGAAAGGUCUUAUGGUAAUGACAGGAAGUGAAAGUCCCAUUGUUGUUGUACUCAGUGGUAGUAUGGAACCUGCCUUUCAUCGUGGUGAUCUUCUUCUAUUGACGAAUUAUGAAGAAGAACCCAUUCGUGCUGGAGAUAUUGUCGUAUUUCGUAUCGAAGGACGUGAUAUUCCUAUUGUUCACCGAGUUCUUAAAAUACAUGAAAAAAAUGAUAGUUAUGUUAAAUUUUUAACUAAAGGCGAUAAUAAUCAAGUUGAUGAUCGUGGUCUUUAUUCACCAGGGCAAUUAUGGCUUGAAAAAAAAGAUGUUAUCGGUCGAGCGCGAGGAUUUCUUCCAUAUAUUGCUGUACUCGGUUUUUUUGUGCUUGUUCAUCGUGAAAAUUAA